UUUGCUUUUCUACAAUGUAGCAUGUAUGCUUUUGCGCUAAUAUAUUUUAGAAAGGACGCAAGCAGAAGAGAACAACCCAGAUCCGAUACCGAUGAUCGUGGAGAAUGCUGCUGCAAGUAGCGACAUUCCUGGCAUUGAAGAGCAGAAAAAUUCGUCAGAAAAAAAAAAAAGGAAAAAAGCAUGGCCCCGUUACUCUUUUAGACCCAUGGAAUAGGAGAAAAUUCCCAAUGGCUGAGAUUGAGAGGCCUGAAAUUUUUGGCAUGAGCAAGAGGAUGACGGGGGAUUUAAUAAAGAGAUUCAAAGACCGUACUUGUUUAGAAGCUGGGGAGUUGAGGGAGAAGCGUCCAAAUUAUGUACCACUAAUGAUUUCACUGCAUCAGAUAUGCUUACUUCCUGUGCAAUUGGUGGAUAUACUCCGUUCUAAUUUGAGCUUUUAUGCGGAUUCCAUGUCCAUGAUCGAGCUUAGCAUAAAGAAGCCUAUAUUUGUGUUUUUCAAGAACACUGAACCCCCAACUGGUGCCUUGAUGGGUGCAAUUGAUGAGGAAAAUAAAGGUGAAGAUGGAUUUCUUCACAUACCCUACAGUGGAGAAGAAAAACUGUGUGGAUCCAAUGAAGGGCAAGAAUGCCCUUAA